GUGUUUAGUGUAGAUACACACACACACUGUAAACAACAUGUUUGUAUAUGCUGGUAUCGACUUGGAAUAAACUAUCUACUCUCUGUAUUAUGCUAUAUACAAAUGUACGAUUUCCGUGUUUAGUGGUCUUUAUGGGCGGAAUAACCUUCAUAUGAUUUUCUGUGGAAUUGGAAAUUUAACGCAGGAACCAUGGCCGAUACAAAAUCAGAGUUUCAAUUUGUGUCGUUGGAUUCUUCUAUAAAACCUGGAUUAAACCCCAACAAUCAAACAAGUGAUGCAGAAUAUUCCACCCCCGACCCCCCGGGUCGACGGGUGGAAGCUUUUUCCGUCCCUGGGUUGGAUGCUCCACCCGUUUCACGUUUAAACCUCAGGACACGAUCGCGCAGUAACAUCAAAUUUCAAAUGAAAGUUCGACAGAAACGACAAACCAUGCAGAAUAUGACACGCCCAUUGAAACAAUGGCUGUGUGACCAUCGAGGGAACCCCUAUCCCUCAAAACCGGAAAAGGAAAUCCUAGCACGAGAUUCUCGUAUGUCUCUCGUACAAGUCUCGAACUGGUUUGCAAAUGCUAGACGGCGACUGAAGAGCACAGUCAAAGGUGAUGACGUCACGUGGUCCAGAAGAGUGAAAUUAUACAAUAGCCGCGUGACGGGAAAUGCCGAACUUUUAAGUGUCAGUUCAGACGACAGUUUGUUUGACUCUGACGAGGAUGAAAGCCGCCUUUUCCGUUCGUCACAUUCGAAUCAACCGGAAAUGACGUCAGAACCAAUGGAACAGGAUGACGAAGAGAGGGAUCUCGUGCCCUCGCGAUCUCAGACACCAACAAUGAAUCAGACCGAUUAUUAUUCAAGCCUUACACAGUUAAAGCCGCCAUUAGACACAGGAUCUCAGAACAAGCCCUACAAACAGACAAUUUUACAAAGAUAUCUCUCAGAUACGUACCGGAACAGAAACGCUGGUCAAAGAUUGGAUCAUCGAUUUAAUCAGAAACUGGACACCAUGGAGAUGACCGCAUUUAACAAGACAAGGUCGCGUAAGCCUUCAGGGUCGAUCGGGUCACGGGAUUAUGAAGAAAUGUCCACGUCAUCAGGGGUAUCCAUGAACGAUAGUAGUCAUCAUUUACCUGUGUUUGAUGAUAGCAUUGACGAUCUUGAAGCAGCAGCUCGUCGUAGAAGAAUUUCUGGAGACAUCAGGGAGAAGACGGGUGAACUCCGGUUUGACGAAUACAGUGCAGCUAUGGUGUUGACCUCACUUAGGUCGCGUACUAUGUACAACUCAUUCAAUUAACGGACAUCAGCUGCAGAAGAUAUUUUCAUUAAUAGAUUAUAAAUAUAUUAUAUAUAUACAUUAUAUAUAUGUAUAUCCCUCCCUUUUGUUAUAUGCAUUCAUUCCAGAUGCAUCCGUUGUGCCUACGAUAUUACCGUAUAGAGUUGGGAGUCUAUUCAUAGUUAAUUUUCGUACUUUAUGUAAGAACAUCAUUUUCAUUGACAACAGGACCUCAGUACUGAUCACUUUAUUCUUUACGUUUUCUUGUUAAAAAUUCUACGCACAAUUGUGAUGGGAAAAUUUAAAUAAAUGUUAGUCUUGGUCAUCGCUAUGCUUGUUAUUAAAGCUACCAUAUGAUACAAAUGCGAUAAGCAUUUCGGUGAUCAAGAUUAUGAAAUGUAAGAUGGCACUGAUUAGGGAAAGAACUGCGUUAUGGAGCAGAGUAUGAACGUUUCGUGAGACUUGGCGGUUAUAGAAAUAUUGGAUGUGAAUGAGAUUUUCAGGAGAGAGUGAGUAUGUGAGUUAUUAAAAAAUCAUUAACGUUUUGUCUCUCAUUAAAAAAUUGAAAAUUAUAAAA